GCUUAACAGAGGGGUCGGGGUGAGAAAAAGUCGUAUAAAAGGAGAGAGAAACGGCAACGGAAAUCAGUCGAGUGAGCAUCUCCGACACGGCAACAACUGCAGCCCACUAUUUGUCACCAACUGUAUUCUUCAUCGUAUUAUCAGUUCGCAAUCAUGGCAAACUAUGGCGUCGUGCUGCUGUUGGGUGUCGUAUCGUUGAUGGCUGGGUCGACCACCGGUGUACCAAUGUCUCCUGGGUAUGGCGGGUACCAAAGCACAACUUACGCUGCUCCAGCUUACUACACCGAGGCUCCCAAGUACUACACUACCAAAGCACCGGAUUACUACAUGACUACGUAUGCUGCCCCAGCCUAUUACACCGAGGCUCCCAAGUAUUACUCAGCUCCUAACUACUACACCGAGGCUCUAACUUAUUACACAACCAAAGCGGCUGAAUACUACACCGAGCUGCCCAAGUACUACACCACCAAGGCUCCAGAGUAUUACACCACAACUUAUGCUGCCCCGAGCUACUACACCGAAGCCCCGAAGUAUUACUCUGCCCCGAGCUACAUCACCAAAGAGCCUGACUACUACACCGAGGCUACCAAGUACUACACCGAAAAGGCCGAAUAUUACACAACCACGUACGCUGCCCCAGUCUACUACACCGAGGAACCCAAUUAUUAG